GUCGUCUUUCUUUCUCUUAAGUUCUCAAUCCCACCAAAAGUCUCCGGUACCUAUCCGAUCUACUCUUCCUCUCCGGCGUCGCAAGUGGUGAAGUUUUUACUUUUUUAUCCAUGGAAACCGGAAAAGAAGAUACAGCCGUCUCCCUGGACCGUGCUUCUCGAUCAACGAGAGGGAGAAGGAUGACGAAGUUGCUGAACGACGAAGUUGAAGAGGACGAGUUGUUUUGGAAUCAAGAAGCUUUUAAAGAGGAGGAGAAUGAUGUCAAUUAUGAAGAAGAACCAGAGGUUGCCGAUGUGUUCGAUAGUGACUUCGAUGAAGAUGAACCUGAGCCAGAUGAGGAAGUAGAAAAAGAAGCAGAUGAAAGGGUUCGCACAAAGAAGCGUCUGAUAUUUCCUGGAAAGUCUUCUAUGAAGAAAAAGAAGAAAAAGAAAGUCCUUUCAAAUUUAGAUGGUGAUUCCAAAGAUGAAAAUGCUACUCAAAAGACUACCUCUCUGCAACAUCAUGAUGCCCCUGAUGAUGCAGAAGGUGAAAAAAUUAUAAGGAAAUCUACUAGAACAUCGGUCAUUGUUAGGCAAGCUGAGCGAGAUGCAAUACGUGCUGCUAUGCAGGCAACAAUGAAGCCUGUAAAACGGAAAAAAGAAGGUGAAGAGAAGAGGAUGACUCAAGAAGAAAUGCUUCUCGAAGCAGCACAAACUGAAAUCAUGAACUUAAGGAAUUUAGAGCGUGUUUUAGCAAGAGAGGAGGAAGUUAAGAAAAGAGCAAUAAUCCACAAGGCUGUUUAUAAUGGUCCGCAGAGUAAAUAUGUGUCAAAAGAUGGUUCUUCAUAUCUAGAAUUUAGUAAAGGAUUGACAUUUCACUCAGAGCUCUCAACCACGUCGCCUCCAUACCCCGAAAAGGCCAUAUGUGCUGUAACUGGAUUGCCUGCCAGGUACCGAGAUCCGAAGACAGGGCUAUGCUAUGCAACAAAGGAAGCCUUUAAAAUUAUUCAAGAACGUUUUCAAGAUGAACAUAAAAGAUCUCCGAAGAAAAUGGAUAUGGGGGUCUUGUUUGAUUCUCUGUCUAGUCAAGGCUUAAUGCCUAGGCAGAAGAGAUCUCACAUCUCAAAUAGAAGUCAAAUAUCACGCUUCCAAUACUUUGGGAAUUUCGGCAGAUCGUCAUCUUCUGAUGAUGAAAGUUCAGAUUAGUUGAUGUGGUAAUUUCCUAAAUAUUUUUCGGCAUGAAUUAUGUGUUUGUUUCAGGAAUUGUGUCUUUGUUGGGCUUAUCUAUUCUAUUGUUAGCCUCUGUAUGAUUGGAUAUUUUACGAAGUAGACCACUUUCCUGUUUUUGGACUUUAAAAUCUAUGUAAAGUAUACAAAGGGGAAAGUAAUCUAUUGAUGCAAUUCCUUGAAGUUUGUAAUUGCUGACACUAUCGAGG